GAAAUGCAUGUAAAGGGAAAUCACACCUGGGGUCUGGGAGAAAAUCCAGGCUGAUGAAGACUGUGCAGACGAUGAAGAGCUACGGGAACUAUCAGAACUGUACCAUAGUGAGGCCGCACAUCCCGCACUCCAGCUAUGGCACGUAUGUGACGCUGGCUCCCAAAGUGCUGGUGUUCCCCAUCUUUGUGCAGCCCCUAGAUCUUUGCAACCCAGCCCGGACUCUGCUUUUGUCAGAGGAGCUGCUGCUUCAUGAGAGCAGAAGCAGGACUAUACAGGUGACCCUCUUUGUCUACUCCGACCUGCUGCUGUUCACCAAGGAAGACGAGCCUGGGCGCUGUAACGUGCUGCGGAACCCCCUUUACCUGCAGAGUGUCCAGCUCCAGGAGGGUUCAGAAGAUCGGAAAUUCUGCAUCCUUUACCUUGCAGAGAAGUCGGAGUGCUUAUUAAGUUUGGAGGCUUACUCCCAGGAGCAGAAGAAGAGGAUCUGCUGGUGUCUGGCUGAGAACAUCACCAAGCAGCAACAUCCGGCAUCAGCUCCUACAGAGAACAAGAUGCUGGAGACGGAUGCUGAGAAGCUGGGGCAGAUGCACUCGGGGGAUGGGAAGGUGGCAGCAGGUGAUGCUCCUCCUGCCACAGAGGCACCAUCUCCGGCCAAGUCCCGGGAAGCUCUGGGGGCCACCCAGGAUCCUGUCCUGGCAGAAAAGCAGCUGGUGGCCACUGAGAAGGGAGAGGAGCAGCCCAGCUCCCUGCCAGCCUUUGUCAUCCCUGAGCUGCGGCUUGACAGCACCUUCAGCCAGAGUGCGGCGGGCACAGCGGGUGGUACCACGGAUGGCGAGGAUGAGGAGGAGGAUGAGGAGGAGGAAGAUGAGGAAGAGGAUGAGGAGGAGGAGGACAGCGAUGAGCACUACUUGGAGAGGAACGAGGCGAAGCGCAGCAGCAUGAUCGAGACAUCGGGCUGUCAGCCUGUCUACACGCUGAGCGUGCAGAGCUCCCUGCGGCGCCGGACCCACAGCGAGGGCAGCCUGCUGCAGGAGGCCAAGAGCCACUGCUUCACCUCCGACACCACCCUCAACUGCUCGGACAGCCAGGGCACCAAGGGCCACUGGGCCCUGCCCUCCCCCAGGACCCUCAAGAAAGAGCUCGCCAAAAACGGCGGCUCCAUCCACCAGCUCACCCUGCUGUUUUCGGGCCACAGGAAGCUGAGUGGCGCCGACCCCGAAUGCAGCUGUGACGAAGGGGACGAGGCCUCCCACAAGAAACGGAGCAGGAACCU